AUGGCUGCUAAUGAUGCAAAUACUCAACCUACUGUCUCCCCCACUCCAGUUAAUCCGGUACCUAAUGUUGAAGGUGCUAAUACCAUUCCUAAUCAUCUUGAACCUAGCCAACCACUAAUUGUGGUUACAUUUCAUAACAUUCAAAAACUCACUUCCUCCAACUAUCUCACAUGGAAAAUUCAGCUUGAAGCCAUUCUUAUUGGCUAUGAUCUUAAACAUUUUAUUGAUGGCAGUAAACUCAUCCCAACUGCUACUAUCACUGUGCAAGAUCGCGUUCUUCCAAAUCCUGCUUAUUCCACUUGGAUACGCCAAGAUAAGCUCAUUUUUGGCGCUAUAGCUGGUACUUUGUCCUCAGCUGUCGGGCCUCUCAUUUCGAGUGCCCAAACUUCUCACGAGGCAUGGAAUAUCCUAGCAAAUACUUAUGCUCGCCCCACCCGUGGUCACAUAAAGCAACUCAAGGAUCAACUCAAGAAUAUCAUCAAAGGCGGCUCCACAAUUACCGAGUACAUACACUAA